GCCACAUUCCAUCAGCUGGCUCUGGGCAGACUUAACAACGUCACUGCAUGCAAAAUGUGGCACCAGCAGACAGAAUGAGAGACGGAUGUAACUCACCGACAGCCACAAGUCUCUGUAUUAUUGAAAACUAAAAGAGGGAAGACAGAAGUAAGCACAUGCUGAGCUCAUGGAACAGUCAUCAUCUCCACUCCACAUGAAACGUAAAUAUGGACAAUGCAGAUGAAAACCACAUGGAGAAAAUGGAGACAGAGACAGGGGAGACAUCCAGCAGGCUGUCAGAUGAGAUGAACCACCACAUGUCAGUCGGUGAGGGACCGUCCAGCAGCUGCAGUGGCAUCAGAGGAACUUUCAGGCCCAAACUCAAGACAACAAAAAGCUUCCCUCCUUACAGUCAGUGCAUAGGUGGACUAGGGGAGGAUGGAGACUCUGAUGAGGAGCUCAACCCGGAGCUAGUUGUUGCUUCCACGUCAAAUGAAGGGGGAGGCAAACAAGAGGACACUCAAGGCACGGAAAGAAAAGCAGUACAGACUGCUGAAUGUUCCUGGGAAGGACUAAAAGCGAAAUGGAGGACAAGGAGAAAGGAGAGAUUAGGGGGAAGCUAUGAUGUGGAGAGAGAAGGCUGGGCGAGAGGAAGGUGGAGUGGCAAAAGGUUGGAGACGUUUGGAAAAGAAAGCGAGCAUGAUGACCAGAAGAGGGAGGGUGUGGAAAACAAUGAGGGAAACCACUGGAGAACUUCCAGUUUUGAGAAGCGCAAAAAAGAAGAGGAAAAAGAAAGAAAACCAUCUCCGAUUCCAGGUGUACAAGGGGAGAACAAUGGCAGUGUGGAGACUGCAGAGGGGAAGGAUGAGGAUGCUGAAGAAAUGACAGACGGCAUGCCACAUCGGCAUCCAGUCCUCUCCAAGCUGUUGCACUCCUCCUCCACAUCCUCAUCCUGCUCCUCCAUCAGCUUCUCCUCGGCAGAGAGUGACGAGGUCUUCAGUGAAGGAGAAGAUGCUGCUUUAAAGAGAAAGAACUUCAGGAAGAGCCGCACCUGGAAAACCUACCUGACCAUGAUGCACUGGUCACUGCGGCGACAGAGCUCCUGGGUCCAGCUGGCUGGACAUCAAGGUAACUUCCAGCUGAGUAAAGUAGGAGAGGUACUGAAGCUGUUCUGUGAACCAGAGGCUAGGUGCCUGAAUUUUUUGAUGAGGGACCCUCUUAGGCCAUUUGUCCCGCAGUAUCACGGACUGAUCACCAGAGGGGAAAACUGCUACAUGCGUCUGGAGGACCUGCUGAGCGGCUUGAGGAGGCCCGUUAUCAUGGACUGCAAGAUGGGAGUCAGGACGUACCAAGAGGAUGAGCUGAUGAAAGCCCGGACUAAAGCUACCCUGCGGAGUGACAUGUACCAGAAGAUGGUGACAGUUGAUGCAUCAGCGCCAUCAGCAGAGGAACAUGCACAGAGAGGUGUAACUAAGUGGCGCUACCUGCAGUGGAGGGACAUGACCACUUCUACAUCUAAACUGGGCUUCAGGAUAGAAGGCAUUAUGAUGGAGGACGGCAGUGUCCAGCGGGAUUUCAGAAAGAUCCAGACAUUGGCUCAGGUCACUGAUGCGUUACUCUUCUUCACCAGGAGUCAGCUGGAUACUCUGAAUGCAUACCAAUCCAGACUGCUGGCCCUGAAGGAUGCACUGAGGAGUUCAUCAUUUUUCAGAACCCAUGAGGUGAUCGGCAGUUCGCUCCUCUUUGUCCACGACCACAGCAAGGCCAGUGUGUGGAUGAUAGACUUCGGAAAGACAUCGCCGCUACCUGACACAAAGGAGCUCCAACACAACGUACCGUGGGCUGAGGGAAGCAGGGAGGACGGCUACCUCAUUGGUCUGGCCUCCCUCACCACUGCUCUGAGCCAGGCCAUCAGUGUGGCCCUUGGGCAGCAGGAGGACAGCUGCGGAGAGGAAAAGAGCGUUACAUGAACUCAUCAGAGGGUUGUGUCUGUGACACAGUGCAAGCAAAAAAAUUCAGGAUGAAAACAGUUGCUGUUACAGUUUGAUAUG